CCGCCAGAGGGAGGGUCCCUAUACUCUGCCAAGUAGGCCGGCGCUCUAUACGCCCAGGAAGCGAGGCGGGCACUGAGAUUCCUGCUUGACUAACAUGUCGACCCUACCCAUGUUUUAACGUUGAUUUAGUUUGUAGUUGUGUAUUUAAGUUAUGAUAAUGCGUUAUUUAAGGGUAUAAUGCCGGAUGGUCGCGCUGAUGAGGUUCACGAGAGAUAUCUACCGGCUGCUGGGGCUCUCGAGCGGCCCCAGUGAGCAGAGAGAGGAACCCAUGGAAACAGAAGCUGAAACUGAUGCCAGCGACCCUUCACUACCGCAGGAGGCCCUCAGUGGGGAGGAGGGGUUAAGUGAGGAGGAGCGAGCCAGGAGAAGAGCAGAGAGACGACGGGCCAAGAGGAAGCGGCAGAAAGAACGGAAGAAGCUUGAGAAAGAAAAACCGAAUGAAAACAUGGAACAGGAGGUGGGGUCGGGCCUGGGGGAGACUGAGACUGAGUCGGAAGAGGAGGAGCCAGAAGAGGAAGAGGAGGAGCCUAUAGAGGAAGUGGAACCAGUAGCUGCUCCUCCCCCCACAAUGACCUCAGUUGCUCCCCCCCUGGCGUCGGGCAGCAGAGCCAACCGCCAGAACACAACCAGUGAAGAGGAGCCAGAGUGGGAUGUGAGCAGUGCUUUUGUUGCCAACGCUGUGAGCCACCUGAGGCCCAAAGCCAAGAGCAAAGCCCCGCACAGCAGCCGAGAGAACAAGGAGAACGAGAGCAGAGGACGCCAGAACAACUGCUCAGACAGUGGAACAAAGAGAAGCGCCAACCUCACAGAACAGGGCAUCCAGCUAGUUCAGGAGGGCCAGUACCCUCAGGCAGUUACCAAGUUUACAGAAGCCAUCAAGUGUGACCCCACUGAUUACAGGUUCUUUGGGAACCGCUCCUACGCUUAUGGGUGUCUGGAGCAGUACACCCUGGCUCUGGAUGAUGCUGAGACCUCCAUCAGACUCUCCCCAACCUGGGCCAAAGGCUACUACAGACAGGGCAGCGCUCUCAUGGGGCUUAAGAAGUACAAUGAGGCUGAGAAGGCCAUGGAACAAGUGCUUUUGCUGGAUAAGGACUGUGAGGAGGCGGGCCCCGAACUCUUCAACUGCAGAGUCCUUCAGCUCAUGGACCUUGGCUUUGAGGAGACGCUGUGUGUGUCGCUGUUGGAGAAGUACACUACCGUUCAGGCUUCACUCACCUCAUCAGAGGCAACAGCAGUGUUGACCCAGGAGUCCUCUGGCCAGGCUGGGGGUCCGUCUUUGUGGGUGGGGAACGUCACUACGGAACUGACUGAGAAGCACUUGUGGGAGCUCUUCAAAACGUGUGGAGAGAUAGACAGUAUUCGUGUGCUUCAUGAGCGAUUCUGUGCCUUUGUGAACUUUAAAACUGCUAGCAUGGCCUCCCGGGCCCUGGAGAAACUCAAUGGUUAUGGAAUUGAGAACACUCGUCUGGUGCUGCGUUAUCCUGACAAACGCACACAGAGAACUCUGCCACCCCCCCUGAAGACCCCACCCCCUCUCACCACCCCUGUAGGGGCUUCUGGUCCCAGACGCAGAGGUCCAGUGAACGGAGAUGAGUGUUACUUCUGGCGCACAACUGGUUGCCACUUUGGGGAUAAAUGUCGCUUCAAACACAUUCCUGAACAGCUGGGGAAAGACCGCAAACCCUGGCAACCCUGACCCACCCUAACCUUACACUCUCAAGAUGUCUGUCUCACUCAAACUGGACUGCUCUGUGUGUGUGUGUGUGUGUGUGUGUGUGGAGAGAUUGUUUAUCUAUGUGCGUCUGUUAGUAUGAGGCUCUUAGUCUUUAGUCAAAAAUGCACUUUAGUCAACUCCAUGUCUUAGGCUAAUGACUGAUGCAUCACUUUCCCACUGCAAAAACACACACACACACACACACACCACACACACACAAAGACACAAAGACACUCCCGGUGCCUAUAUAAGCAUUAUUUAGAUACUAAAAACUAAAUUUAUACUUUGUUUUGCACUUUACCCAUUUAUUCAUCUAUUUAAAUGGGCCUUUUCAGUGUAGUGGAACCACUUGUGUCUUUACAUACACACACACACACACACACACACACACACACACUUAAACGGUGUUGCAGAAUCACCAGACAUGUGCCUUUACCCUUCUCACUCACAAACACACAAACACACACACAUACACACACACUCACACACACACAUACACACUAAAACCAAAUGGAUCUUGGAGCAGAACACUACGUUGUUGAGGCUACGAGAUGUGACGAGUGUGCAGGAAAACGCUAGAAGCUCCAAAAGACAAGACUAGACUAGACACAUGUACAAUACACACACACACACAUACACACACACACGCACACACACACACACACACAUACACACACAUUCAUACACACCAAUGUGGAGAUCAUCUGCUGCUCAAGGUGAAGUUGCAGGUACAUGUCUAAGGGACGAGGGUGGGUGUGUGUGUGUGUGAGAGAGUGAGAGAGUGAGAGAGUGAGAGACACAUGCACAGAUAUAAAUAAUUCAAAGAAACUCCAGCCUAGAUCUAAGACUGUUUGAAUGAAAUCAAAUGACUUGUCUAACUCUAGAGUUUGUCUUAACCUUAUCCCUAGAUAAACAAACUACUGCCCAUCUUCUUCUGUGUGCCUUACAGGUGUGUGUGUGUGUCCUAAGUGCCUGACAGGUGUGUGUGUGUGUGUGUGUGUGUGUUUACUAAGUGCCUGAAAGGUGAAUGUGUGUGUGUGUGUUGUGUGUGUGUCCUAAGUGCCUGACAGGGAAGUGAGAAGCGGAACCAGCCUCAUGAAAUCCCCCACAACUCUAUCACCUCAUGAGGGUGUGUGUGCGUGUAUCUGUUGAUUGCUCUUCACACACAAGCCAUUUGUGGACACACAUCACAGAGAAACAGAGUGUGUGUUUUUCUUUUCUGUGUUAAAACAUGUUUUAGUAAGAUCUGUUUUAAUCUGCUCAUGUUGUAAGUGUGUGUUUGUGAUAUCCUUUGCAGGAGCAUCCGAUGGUAGUGCAUGUUGUGACGGUUGUUUUGUAAGUGUGUGUGUGCGUGCAUGUGUGAGUGUGUGCGUGCGUGCGUGCCAAUGUAAGCUUGUGCUUCUCUAUCCUGUUUUUUAUGAAGUGUUCCUUUCGCACCAUAAAGCCAAAGAGCUCAUUGGAUUAAAGGAUUUCCUCUCCA